AUGGCCGUGCCGAGUGUUACCAGCGACAACUUCCUCGCUGUCGCCCUCGUAGUCAAUCGUUCGCGUGAUGGCCCAGCUUUCGUAUUUCAUUAUCCUGCACAAGUUGAGCCUCAUUCCAAGCCGGGCUCGGUUACUGGCAACGAGCUAGAAGACAUCCUUCUCGAACGUCUAUCGCAGCAGAGCUUCUCAGACGUCGCCGGCGAUGCGGCAGUUUCUAAACAGGGACGGAAUCCAGAUGAGCACUCGUUCACUGAGUCAGGCUCUCAGAUUGUGCCAUGGGAGCGUGUUGCAGGAUUUCCCGCCCGUGACCUUGCUGGUAUUCUCACGCCUGCUCGUCCGUAUCACAAACGGCUCUUCCAACUAUCACUAGAUCCACUGUAUUGUGUGUCAUAUCCCAUUCAUGUCCCUGAGAACGGAAGGUGGAAGAAACCUAAGAAGGCGUCUCGUGCCGAGAAGCGCUCUGCAUACAACGAUGAGUUGUUGGCACCGCACGAAACUGGUCCCGCGACUGCAGGAAAGGCAACUGAGCAGCCUGCCGACGAGAAGGACGGGAAGAAAGAGGAUGGCAAAGACAAGGACGAUGAGAAGCGCAGCUCCAUGACUAUGUUCAACCUUGUCUUUAUACUAAAUCCCAGCAGCAACGAAGUCAAGGAUGUUAUCGAGUCACUGUAUGACCACAUCAUAAAGAAAGUUAGUAAGGCUUUCAAAUACAGCCAGCAGCACAGCGAAUUUGUGUGGAAAGAGUCAAAACGGAUACUCGUUGCAAAAGAUAAAGCGCGCGAGGAGCGUAAACGGAUGAGUGUCCUGUGGAAAGAAAUACUACAAAGCUCAUCGCUGGCUGCGGCCAUGCAUGAUAUAUAUGAGGCCGUCUCGCAGAACAAGAUCGCAGCUCUGCACCUUGAUACUGCAGCUGGUGCCCUGACCCCUUCCGUUCAGAUCCCCGUGCCCUUCUACAUAGAUGACCUCCCGCAAGGCGAAGAGGGUACCCAACGUGGCCUGUGGUUAACAACGGCAAACACCUUUAUGAGCCAAGAUGCCUUAGAGGAACCUGGCUUUCUCGACCGUAACUUUGCCCUUUUAUUGACAGAUGACGAGAAGAAAAUCAUCUCUGAGCUUCAAGCCGAUCCGGAUCCCACUACAGCCUCUAUGGUCGAGUUUGUGCGUUUGUCAAAACCCACACAAUCAUUUUAUCAAGUUGGACAGAGCAACAUCCUAACCUUAGGCCAAGUUCGUAAAUAUGCUCAGCAUUUCAUAUUUUGGCGUCGUGCGAUCGCCAUUCCUCCUCUCCAUGCCAAGGACCAAUACAUCCUAUCUCCUAAUAGCGAUCUUUCCCGCCUCCCUCUCGACACUCUCGAAUGGCAGCGGGCAUUUCCCUUGGCACCGCCUCUCCCUAACUUCCUGGCUGAGCUGUCUCAGGCGCCUCGGCCAUAUAAGCAGUUCUCGCCUAGUAAAGCUCAUCGUCCCACCUAUCUUCUCAUGCUCGCCUGGCUCAUGCGACGUGGUUGGGUCACUCAACUAUGUACAUUUGCCUACGUUGUCGUCUGGCCCGAGAUCUUGUACGAGGUCGAGUAUGAAAUGGAGGCUGAGGAGCUUCGAGCUGCCGCAGAUUCGAAUAAAGACAAAGAUAUCAAGGAGGAGGAAGACCCUACGGCCACAUCGGUUCCCCGUACUUCCGAAUCUUCUGAAGGCCACUCUGGCACCGACGGCUCCCACGUUCCUACUGUGGCCGAGCAGGCUGCUGAAAAAGCCCGACUUGAGCGUAUCGCCUCUAAAGCUCAGCGCGACGCUGCAGAGAAGGCUACUGCGCACGCCAGAAAGCCCAUGCCUGUAGCGACCGCGCACCCCUCCGUUAACGACCACCCACACCUUCAAGGCCUGAUACCACAUAUCAUACUCGACGCCAAGAAAGCUACUGGAAAAGAAUCACGCUACUUGUCAGCUAUAGCGCGCCGUUUCAAUGACGAAAAGUUGACAAACAGUUGGCAGGUCAUGUGUAAGUAUUUCGAUGGACGUUGUGCGCUUGAACGCAUUGCUCUACAGGAGGAUAUGAAGCGGAAGCUUGUAUGGAAUACGUUGACAGCAAUGAGCGAGUAUCUCCUCUGCACUCGUCAUUGGUGA